CGCAUAAAAAGCUGGGAGGAGUGCGGAGCCAAGAACCCUAGCUUCCUGGAUCCAUCCAUCCACCCUCCGCUGCCGCUGCCUCUCCGCCUCCGUUCCGAACCCCCGCCGACCGCCGUACUCAGGAGGAUCGUCGGAGAUGUCGGACACCGACGAGCACCACUUCGAGUCCAAGGCCGACUCCGGCGCCUCCAAGACCUACCCGCAGCAGGCCGGCACCAUCCGCAAGAGUGGACACAUCGUCAUCAAGGGCCGUCCCUGCAAGGUUGUUGAGGUCUCCACUUCCAAGACUGGGAAGCAUGGUCACGCAAAGUGCCACUUCGUUGCCAUUGACAUCUUUAACUCAAAGAAGCUUGAGGAUAUUGUUCCUUCAUCCCACAACUGUGACAUCCCCCAUGUUGACCGCAAGGAUUAUCAGCUGAUUGACAUUGCUGAAGAUGGAUAUCUCAGCCUCUUAACUGAGAGUGGCGACACUAAGGAUGACCUGAAGCUCCCUGCUGAUGAAGAUCUGGUUAAACAGAUCAAGAGUGGAUUUGAAGAGGGCAAGGACCUGAUCCUGUCUGUGAUGUGUGCCAUGGGUGAAGAACAGAUCUGCGCCGUGAAGGAGGUUGGUGGUGGCAAGUAAGCAGCUCUGCGCGGUUGCCUACUUGUGACGCUUGGUAUCUAGUGCUUCUGGGUGUUCGAGAUACACAUACAUAGGCAUCAAGAUAUCUGUUGGAUUUGUGUGCUCUGUACACCGAAUGCUUGAGGUGCUGCUAGUACUUUGUUAUCUAUCUAUCUCUAUUAUACCCUUUUGAAAUUGGAACCGAGUGGGUGGCUGGAUCUUGGAAUCCGGGUUGCUCAUCCGUGCUAUCUAUCUAUCUAUGAAUUGGUUUGGGUUAA